AUGCGAGAGAAUCGAGACGAACUGAAGGAGUUGACGCUUCCCCCAACCGAAAGCCUAGACGAGGCCGCAACGACAAUGGCCACAACCACAGUGACCGGUCAUGGGCGGCGGUCUUCUAUGCGACAACCCGAAUUACAAGUACCGAACAAACCCUCAACAUCUCAACCCACGAGUAGCCCCAUCGACAAGUUCCCUCCCUACGAAGAUUCUAUGGAUGCCGCCGUGGGGUCAGCGACACCCUCAACCCGUCCGCAUCGAAGCCCUUCGGUGAAAUAUGCUCCAGGUGAACCCUGGGAGCCUCGGAAAUCUGCGUUCUAUUCACAAAACCACCCCAAUGGAUCUUUGAGGAAUCCCAAACACCGACCCCGGAAGAGCAUUAGCGAGGCCAUUACCACCAUUCGAAACCGCAACGGCAGCAUGAGCGCGAAUGCGCAGGAGCUUGCGGAAGCCCUUCGCGCUCCAGUAUCCUAUCGACUGAUUGGUCUCUGUCUGAUUUGGUACAUGACCUCUGCGCUCACGAAUACAUCCUCGAAAUCUAUCCUGAAUGCCCUUCCAAUGCCCAUCACGUUGACGAUCAUUCAAUUCGCAUUUGUCUCGUUCUGGUGUUUACUGCUAGUGUAUCUGUCAACGCUGAUACCGUGGCUACGACAAAGUGUGCCGGUCCUCAAACACGGCAUUCGGUACCCCUCUCGCGAUGUGAUCUCCACCGCGUUACCUCUGGCCGUCUUCCAACUGGCUGGCCAUAUCCUGAGCUCCAUGGCUACCUCUCAGAUCCCUGUCUCCUUGGUUCAUACAAUCAAGGGCCUGUCGCCAUUGUUUACAGUUCUGGCAUAUCGAGUCCUGUUCCGCAUUCGGUACGCCAGGGCAACCUACCUCUCGCUGAUCCCUCUCACCCUCGGUGUCAUGCUUGCAUGCUCCACUGGGAUCUCUACAAAUUUCUUCGGAAUCCUCUGUGCCCUUCUAGCUGCUCUGGUGUUUGUCUCGCAGAACAUCUUCUCCAAGAAGCUCUUCAACGAGGCCGAGCGUGUUGAGGCUGAAGCGGCUAAUCCGGCCCGGCGUAAGCUGGACAAGCUCAACCUGCUCUGUUAUUGCUCCGGGCUGGCCUUUUUCCUCACACUGCCUAUCUGGUUUGUGAGUGAAGGAUACCCUCUGAUCGCCGACUUCAUCCAUGAUGGUGCCAUCUCACUAUCCGGUAAGCAAGGGUCACUCGACCACGGUGCUCUGAUGAUGGAGUUUGUCUUCAAUGGCGUUUCGCAUUUUGCGCAGAACAUCCUCGCAUUUGUGCUCCUCUCCAUGGUCUCACCCGUCUCGUACUCGGUUGCUUCCCUGGUGAAGCGCGUUUUUGUGAUUGUUGCUGCCAUUUUGUGGUUCGGCAGCUCGACCACCCCCAUCCAAGCUGUUGGCAUCGCCCUUGCCUUUGUGGGUCUCUACCUCUAUGAUCGCAACAGCCACGACGAUGUAGCUGACCAGCGCGCAAAUGCGGAUCACUUCCGCGCGCGGGAGUCCAUCCUACCUAUGAAUGUCCGACACUCGAGCAAGCCGUGGGACUCGAAUGGGUAUGCGUUCCCCGGCGCGAGGUCGUUCGAGACUUCUACUGGAAACACCUCCCAUGCGACCAACUCUUCUAAAAAGCAAGAUGAUGGCCCAGGGCGCGUUCGACCGCGCGGAGCUAGCGUGAAUCGGACCUGGCUACCUGGGACGAAACAAGAGUCGACGUGGCAGCCAGCUGAUUCUACCGCUGCCGCAUAG